AUGGCGUUCAGCGCCUGGCUCUCGCCGGUGCAAUGGGCCCGGUGGACCUGGUCGGCGGUGCGGGGCGGGGGCAGCCCCGAGGGGGAAGACGGUGGGACCGGGGAGGAUCCGGCGGCGGAGGGCACGGCUCUGAGCUUCAGCUCGGACUCGGAAGGUAACUUUGAGACCCCUGAAGCACAAACGCCAACCUGCUCGCCCAUAAAGGAGUUUUGUGAGCCCCUGCCAGGAUCGCUGGAGCCUGAGGCUGGCAUCAAAGAGCACAGUGGCCAUGGGGACCUGCUGGUAGGGGAUGCCCACCAGGACAGCUCGCCUGGGAAGCACCCCAAAGAUGGGGCUCGGCUGGAGAUCGGAGCCCCUGAAGCCAGCUCGGAUUCCAAAGGGGACACCGGCCCCGAAGGCUGGUCCUUGACACAGCCACAGGCUGGAAGCCAGGCUCCGGCUGGGCCGGGGUGCGGGGCUGGCGCUGGCUGUGCCGCCGUGCCCACUGCAGAGCCAUCCCUGGUGCCCCAUGCAGGCACAGCCGCCCCGGAGCAGGUCAUGCCAGGGGAGGAGGCGGUGGGCGCCGGGACCGGGUUAGCGGAGCUGCAGGCUGAUGCCCCGGCACGGGAAGGUUUGGCCAACCAGGACCAGCUCGGGAAAGGAAAAUCCCCUUCGCUGGGGAGGAAAACAGAAGAAAGCACAGAGGAGACCCCAGUGCCCCAAGCAUCCGACCGGUUCGACCCCGAGAGCGUGAACCCCUUUGUGGCAGGGGGCUGCCGGCUGCAGAGCUCCCCCCCGGCAUCCCCACGCCGCCUCCCCCAUCCCGGGGGCAGCGCCGGUGAGCUGGGGGCGGACCCGGAGCCCAAGGAACAGGUCCCCAGACCCGAGGUGGAUUGUUCAGAGAGCGGCGAGAGCGCCGAGUCCAGGAGAGCUGCGCCCAGGAAGGGCAGCAGGAUCCCGGCCAGCAAGCUGACGCCGAAGCGGCACCGAGAGUCCCCCAAGAAAUCAGCCGAGGACGCAGGGAGGGGUCCCACGGACUCACCCCCUCCCCGAGGCUCCCCGCGGCUGGGUCCUGCGCUCCGGGACAGCCCAGGUCCCAACCCCUCUGCUGGCAGCUCGGCGCUGCAAAACUCGCCGACCCUCCCCAGAGGUUCAUACCAGUUUGACCCCAAUAACUUUGACUCCGUGGAUCCAUUUAAGCCCACCAAGACCCUCGCCAGUGCUGACUCCUGCCCCGCUGCUGACAACAACCUGAACGAGAUCCUGGAGUCUCAGACGCUGGAGGUGCAGGAGGAGCUGGGGGAAGGCAGAGACUCCCCGAAGAAGCCCAAGUCACGUCUGAUAACGACCACUGAGCAAGUGAAAUUUCUCUGUUUUCUGUUGAGUGGCUGCAAGGUGAAGCCCUACGAGACACAGUCGCUGGUGCUGGAUGUUUGUGCCCAGGAUGAGGGAGCUCUGAUCCCGGACAUCCCAGCUCUCACAAACCGGGAUGGCCGUGCCACCGAUGAGGAGAAGUUGGCCUCCACCACCUCCAUGCAGAAAGCAGCUGGGCUGGAGAAGAAGGGUUUUGAGAAGGAGAUCUGCAAGCAGAUGAUGGAGAAGGAUGGGCCUGGCAUCUUCCCUGUGAGGCUGUGUUCCAUGGACAAAUCCCCUGUGGCCAUCACCAGCAGGAGUGAGAGUCCCCUGGACACCAUCUGCCUCAGUGAGUCUGAGAAGACAGCUGUGCUGACACUCAUCAGAGAGGAGAUCAUCACUAAGGAGAUUGAAGCAAAUGAGUGGAAGAAGAAAUACGAAGAGAGCCGCCAGGAAGUCUUGGAGAUGAGGAAAAUCGUGGCUGAGUAUGAGAAGACCAUUGCCCAGAUGAUAGAGGAUGAGCAGAGGACAAAUAUGACCUCUCAGAAGAACCUGCAGCAGCUGACAAUGGAGAAGGACCAGGCUCUGGCAGACCUGAACUCGGUGGAGAGGUCCCUGUCAGAUCUCUUCAGGAGAUAUGAAAACCUGAAGGGUGUCCUAGAAGGCUUCAAGAAGAAUGAAGAAGCUCUGAAGAAGUGUGCUCAGGAUUAUCUGACCCGGGUCAAGCAAGAGGAGCAGCGGUACCAGGCCCUCAAAGUCCAUGCAGAAGAAAAAUUAGACAAAGCCAACGAGGAGAUCGCUCAGGUGCGCGCCAAGGCCAAGGCGGAGAGCGCGGCGCUGCACGCAGGGCUGCGCAAGGAGCAGAUGAAGGUCGAGUCCCUGGAGAGAGCUCUCCAGCAGAAGAACCAGGAGAUCGAGGAGCUGACCAAGAUCUGUGAUGAGCUGAUUGCCAAGCUGGGGAAGGCAGACUGAGCCUCACCACCCCUCCUCCAGCACUCUGCACUUGGCUGCUUCUCUCCUCACGUCGAGCACUUUGCCUUAUCCCCCCCAUGCCCCCAGCAGAGCAGCACCCACCUCCAGCUGCCUGCCCUGCUUGGCUGCUGGACCCCACGGUCCCUGUGCCACUUUGUCCCCAUGCCUGUUCCCCUGGGGCCCCAGGGCUGGGCUUCCUGUGGUCAGGCUGGGUCUGUGCACCCCUCCUGGGGUUUGUGCCCCCCUCCUGGGGUCUGCAGUGGGUGGCUGCUGUGCCAUCCUUUUGCACAGGUGCCACCUCUCAGCUGUGGACACACCAAGCUCCAGCAGAAUUCCUGAAGCUGCCUUUGGGGGGCUCUGGGGGGGAUACCACCGUGUGUGAACCCUGUGCCAGUGCUGUGUGUGCCCUCCUGGUAAGGCUGUGGCAUGAGGCAGCCUCGCCUGGCGAGUGGCACCGUGGGGGUGCCAUGGGUUUGGUGUGGUUCAGAGUGUGGUGUGGGGCACGGAAUGGGUGUGCCAUGGGCACUGCCCCUUGGGGUUGGUGCAGAAGCAUCCUGCCCUGCAGAAGGCAGAGGGCAGGGACUGGGCAGUAGGUGCAGGGGUGGAGGUUCUCUGCUGCCUCUGCUGAAGGGGUGGCUGUGAAGUGUCAGCGCAGGGCAGGCUUUGCAGCUUGGGCUGCUUCCCACCCAGCCCUUCCCAGACUUUCACAAAAACCUUUUUGCUGCUACCUUUUUUUGUAAGAGAAUUGAGCUCUUUUCCUUCUAUUUUCUAACUCCCCAUGCCAAGCUUGCAGUGCCACUUCUGUUUAACCCAGAGCCAUACCCCCCAGAGAUAUUUUAUUAGCUACAGGAUGUAUAGAGAGAAUUUAUUGUGCAUUUAAGCUGAUAGAGAAGCUGGCAGCCUGCUCCAGAGCACACAGAGCCUGUUUGCUGUGCCCCCCCAGUCACCCCAGUGAACAUUCUGGGUGGGGGCAGCUGAUGGCUGACACCACUCAGAGCUGGGCACCUGUGGCUGUGUGCAGAACAAUUCUCCUGACAGAAAGGAAAAGCCUUUUUUUCUCUCUUUUUGUUCUUUUUCCUUUGUCCUCCCCACACAUCCCUCUAAUGGGCUGGCAGAGGAGUCCCUGUCACAUGAUCUACAAAGGCUGUUUGGGGAGUCCAAAGCCCAGCCCCAGCCCACCAGAGUCCCCUUCCCCCCAUUUCACCAGCCUUUGGGGUUUUGCAGACCCCAGCACCACUCUGCUCUUCUCCAGGGUCCUCCUGCUCCAACACAGCAUUCCUGCCCGCAUGGGGGUGACCUUGCCUGGCUCCAGUUGCUGGGCUGCAGCAAGAUGGAGGGAGCAGGGAGUGACCCUGAGAAGGUGCAGCUCCUUUGGCCCUGCCGGGGGUCUGUAUGGGUAAAUGACCUCAAGACCCAGAGGUUUUGGAGGGAGCUGAGGUCUUCUCUUUGCAGCCCUUGGGAAACUGAAGGGAGCAGCUCCCCAGAGCUGCACAAAGCUCUCAGAGCUCAUAAGGAGCUUGGCUUGGGGCUGGUUUCUGGUUUGACCCCCAGCAGCUGAGGUCCCAGCACCAGGACUGAUGGAGCUGAAGCACUGAAGGCAGGUCCCGGGGGGGAGGAGCACAGGUCCCAGGGGAGGAGCACAGAUCACAGCAGCCCCACAGCCUCUACCUGAAGGGAUGAAAUUUGGUCUCUGUGUUUGGCCCGGGCCAGGUUUGCUCAUCUGAAGAGCAGAGCAGCAGGCUCUGGGCUCACUGGGAGCCUGCCCUGUCCGAGGUUGGUUUCUCUUCAGGGGUGUUCUGGCCCCACAAGUGGCAGGAAAUGGCAGAAGCUUCAUCCCUUGGCACCUCCCCAAGCCCCUCAGCCUGCCACCAGUGCUGCAGUCUUCCCUUCAGCGAAGAGGAGCUGCUGGGACAGCCUGGCUGGCUGCAGAGAGCAGCUCCAUGGCAAUAAUCCACCCUGGCAGCACCCUCCCCAGUAUCUCCCAGUGCCACUGUGGCUGCCCCUCACCCCAGUGCUGUUGCAUUCCUGUGCCUGUCUGAAUGCACUUCCAGUCCAGGCAAAGAAGAUUCCUAGGGAAUGAUUUCUUGACUAUAAUAUGGUUAUAGAGUUAGAAACAGACCUCUGCUGCUCUAGUUCUGUGUGCUAGGGGCUGUGUUUGUGGCUGUCCUCGGGCAGGACUCUUGCAUCUCUUGCUGCUCUCCAGAGCCACCAGAGGCUCGGCCCCGGAGCUGCCGCUUGGCAUCGCUGCCACGGCACAAUGCUGGCACCUGCGCACCGCUGGCAUGGGGCUGGCAGCACGGGCAGGGCACAGUAAGUCCCUUGCAUGCGUGGUGAGGACACCAAGGGUCCAGCCAAGAUGUGCAGCCGGCAGAGGGAGGCUCCACGGACGCCUGUGCCUGGGGCCAGCAGCCUGGCUGUGUUCUCCUUGCGGUGGAGUUCUCACGGCCCUCGCCAGCAGUGGUGGGAGCCUGCCCGCAGUGUUUGUGUCCCCAAGUGUGCAUCCUCCAGCAGACCCCUGUCCACGAUGAAGUGCCAACGAGUGACCGUUCUGACUGCAAAUUGCUUCCACCCAUUCCCCACCCCCCUCAGCGUGAUCCCUCUCACUCCCAGGCAGGAACCUCCUCUGCAUUGAUUGCUUUGUGCCAUGUAACUGCCACCCCCCAUCGGUUUUAUAUGUCCAAGAGUUGCCCUUUUCUAUGGCAGGUAAAUAUUUGUAAGAGUUAUACUCACACAAAUGAGAUUAUUAUAAUGAUUACUAAUAUAUUUUUUUUCCUCCCCCACAUGUUUCAUUGCUUGAAUAAAA